GCCUUUUGACAGUUAACACUUGCCAAAAUGUGGAAAAGAGGGAAGAGCACAGGGACCACUGGAAACAGACAAUGUUUCUCCCUUGUUCAUCAAUAUAUUCAGCGUUUUAAUGAGGUGUCUGGAAACAAGACAGCUGCUAUUCGGAGGAGAUCUAAGACCUCUGGAGUGAUGAUCACGCAGUAUUUAGCAAACAUGCCAGAGGGAAAAAGCACCCCAGAUUUCCAGUGUAAACCAAUGGCAGUAACUAUUGAGAAAGGAAAAUUAGCUGCUUUCAAGGCUGUGGUGACAGGGGAUCCAAAACCAGAUGUGUCAUGGAGAAGAGCUAAGGGAACUCUUUCAGAUAAGGAAAGAUUUCAGACUAAAUAUGAUGAAUCAACUGGGGAGCAUAUAUUAGAGAUUCACAAAGUGUCUGUUGCAGAAACAGAUACAUACAAAUGCUUUGCUGCAAACGAAUAUGGAAAAGCUGUCUGCACAACAACAUUAACUGUGACUGAGGCUUCAACAAAUCCAGCAGAUUUCAGAAAACUGCUGAAGAAGAGUAAAGUAGAGAGAGCAGAUGGAGAAUCUGAUGAAAGGUUCUGGGAUGUUAUGUUAAAAGCUGACAGGAACGACUAUGAGCGCAUCUGUUCAGAAUUUGGUGUUAAAGACUUACAUUCGAUUCUCAAGAAACUGGACGAAAAGAAGAAGGAGAGAUCACAAAAUAAGAGGAAGCAGGAUGAUAUAAUUCCCUAUGAUGAAAAUGGAACAGAGAAACACAGUCUAAAGAGUGUUGGAAGGACAAAGAAUUUCUCUAUUAAUGGGCUGAUGCAAAAGGACAUGGAGCUUUGUAAGGCGGAUAUUCAAGAGGCCAACCUUCGAAAUGCAGGGCUGCCUCAGAUGGAUCCUGAAAAGUUCAAACUCCCUGCAGAGUUUAAAUUUUCCAAAGUCGACUUUGUGAUCAAAAUUCAAGAGAUUAAAGCCGAAGAAAGGGAGGAUGCUUUGUUUGAGUGUGUCCUGACACACCCACUACCUAACAUCACAUGGAUGGGCAAAGGCAACAUCCUGGAGGAUGGAGAAAAAUAUAGUUUAACUAUGUCAGACCACAAACUCAUCCAUAGGCUCCUCAUCAAGGACUGCCAGAUGCUGGACAAAGGCAUCUAUUCCGCUGUGGUUGGCAAUAUAUCCUGCAAUGCCUGGUUGGUUGUGGAAGCUGACAGUAAUCCUGCACCAGGUGGUGAGAGGAAACCCCGUAAAACUACUGUGGCUCGUGGAGCACGGACUGACAUUGAGAAAGUUGCCAAAGAGCAGCAACUAAAAAUACAGGGGGAGAUGGAGAAGCUCUUGGCAGCAGUAAAUGCAAAAUACGGAGCAGGACAUAUAACCGACAAACUAUCUUUAGAAGAACUGGCAUUAGAAGAACUGACUUUAAUCUUAAGCACAGGUGGAAAACAGAGUAAAGUCACUGAACCAGGUGAAAAUCAAGAAGAUCAUUCUGAGGAGACUAAGAACUUCACUGGACAUGCAACUAAAUCAAGAUACCUAAAGCAAAGUCAUGACUCAGAAGCUAGAGUAAUUGAGUCAACUGACAAAUUUAUGGAUGCAGACCAGUCUCAAAUGCUUACCACUAGUCAACAUGAGCUGGGUGAAUCUGAUAGAAACAAUAACUCCACUGGGUCUGUCAAAAAAGAAAUAAAAGGAAAGAAAGUCCAGUGGAAACAACAAACAUCUGAUCCAAACGAACUAGCAAGUGAAAACGAAUCAAGUGGCUAUGAUGAGGAUGAAGACGCUACUGACCAGGACAAGCACACAAUUUCUCCAAAGCAAGACCAAAAGCCAAAGGAUGCACUCGAUGGUGAAAGUGCAUGUCUGAAAGACGACAUUAGGUGUGACGAGACUGAGGAUGGGACUGAAUCUUCAACACAUAUGAGGCGUAAAAGACACGCCCCUUCGAUCGAAGAUUUGGUGAUUGAUCCAGGGGUUCAGUUCAUCUGUGGUUUGACUGAUGUCAGUGCGAUCAUCAAUGAGAUCGCUGAGUUAACAUGUAAGCUUAGCGCUGAAGACUGUGAGGGAGCCUGGUUCAGAGAUGGCAAACAGAUAUUCCCAGAUGAAAAUUUCUCAAUAACUAAAGAUGGGCCGAUUCAUAAAUUGGUCAUAAGCAAGUGCACGGAAGAGCACUCUGGAAAAUACCGUUUUGAGGCAGAUGGCCGUAAAACAGAGGCAAUGAUAACUGUCAAAGAUCCUCCCAGGGUUGACCUUGAAGACCUCAGUGCUUUUACUGAGCCAAAGACAGUUAAAGUGGGGCACAAUGCCAUCUUCAAAUUGCAUUUUCUUGGACACAAACCCAUAAAGAUUCAAUGGUUCAGAGAAGGAGAAGAGCUCCAAGAUGACAACAAUACAAGGAUAGAAAAAUCUGCAAGCCACAGCCGGUUGCUUCUGAGCAGAUGCCAGAGGAAGGACACAGGAGAGAUCAAGAUCAAGCUAAAAAAUGAACACGGCUUCACUGAGGCACUCUCACAGCUUAUUGUGCUUGACAAACCAACCCCACCUCUGGGUCCUGCAGAGGUAACAGAGAGCUCAGCUACAUGUAUUGAAUUUAGAUGGCGCCCUCCAAAGGAUGAUGGCGGCUCCCCAGUGAUUAACUACAUAAUGGAGCGUCAGCAAGUGGGGCGAAACACCUGGAAGAAAAUAGGGGAAAUACCAGGUGUGCCCAGUUACCGAGACACAGGCGUAGAGCGUGGGCGGAAAUACUGUUAUCGCAUCCGAGCAGUGACUGCAGAAGGCACAAGCGAAGUUAUGGAAACUGACGAAAUGCAAGCUGGAACACUUGCCUUCCCUGGCCCUCCAGCACCUCCAAAAGUGGUCAGCGCUUUUGAUGACUGUAUAAAUCUUUCAUGGGCUCCUCCAAGUAACACGGGAGGUUCACGUAUCUUGGGCUAUAUUUUGGAGAAACGAAAGAAGGGAAGUAAUCUCUGGUCUGUUGUCAAUGCCAAUGAUGAGCUCAUAAAAGAAAAGAAAUAUACAGUGAAGGAUGUUGUUGCAGGUAUGGAAUAUGAAUUCAGAGUUACUGCCAUAAAUCUCUCAGGAGCAGGUGAAUUUAGCAGCCCUUCAGAGUUUGUUUUUGCACGAGAUCCUAAAAAGCCUCCUGGUAAAAUUACAGGCCUUAAGGUGACAGAAACCUCCUACACCCACUUGGUCCUGACUUGGACAAAACCAGAAGACAAACCAGGCAUACAGGAUGAAGCAAGAGGGUAUUUUGUUGAAAUUCGGCAAGCAGAUUGCAUCGAAUGGUCCCGCUGUAAUAGCACCCCCAUCAUCAUGACUUCCUUCAGUGUGAAAGGCCUGAAAUCCAUGGACAUGUACUGGGUAAGAGUGAUUGCCAUUAAUGAUGGAGGAGAGAGUGAGCCCGAGGAGCUGCCCAACUAUGUACUGGCAAUGCCCUCACCAGUGAGGCCAAGAUUCACAAACAACAAGAUGAAGAGUUUCUUUGUGGUGAGGGCAGGAAACUCUGUCAGGAUCACAGUCAAUUUUGAGGCUUCUCCUCGGCCAGCAAUUAUCUGGCUAAAGGAUAACGUGCCAGUUACAAAGCGGAUCACAAUCAGUAACUCUGAUGGCUCCUCCCAGUUGCUGAUUCCUUCCUCUGAGCGCUCUGAUUCAGGCAUCUACUCCAUUUUGGUGAAAAAUCUCGUAGGGCAGGAAACAUUAAGUGCAGAAGUCAGGGUCACAGAUGAUCCAAAACCGCCUGGACCAGUAGAACUGGAGGAAAAUGUGCCUGGUACUGUGACAGUAAUCUGGGAACCUUCUCCUGAUGAGAAGCGUGAUGACCGCCUCCACUACACCGUGUCCAAACUGGACUCGACCAAGCGUUCAUGGGUCACAGUGGCUGACAGACUCUUCAAUAACAAGUUCACAGUCUGCAAUAUCAUGCAUGGAAGGGAAUAUCAUUUCCGGGUCUAUGCCAAAAAUGACAUGGGCAUAUCUGCACCCUCUGAGUCACCAACCUGGGGGGUGGAGAAGAAGAAAGAAAAGUUUCUAGUAACUGUACCGACCAUAAAGGACUGUGAUUUGUGGUGUGCCCCAUCCUUCAUUGUUCCACUGAAGCUGCACACUGCACCCAAAGGUUAUGAAUGCUAUAUGAGCUGUGCAGUGAAAGGAAACCCCAAACCUCGUAUAACAUGGUAUCGAAAUCACAUCAGUCUAAACACUAAUACCAACUAUUACAUCUCCAACACCUGUGGAGUUUGCACCAUGUUAAUCCUCCGCGUGGGUCCCAAAGACAUGGGAGAGUACAGCGUCAUUGCAGAGAACAGCUUGGGACGAGCCGAAUGCGCCACCAUCCUUAAUGUCAGAGAGUGAAGACAUGGAAGACGCCAGUACUGUGUGAGCAACAUUUAUUUGAAAGAUCAGCUGUGUAGCACAGGAUGAUUGGCAAGAUUGUGCUCUUGUUUACUGAAUUGCUACUGAAA